AUGGCCACAGCUACCAGGGACCUUGCCUCUCCUUCCGCGGGAUCCGAACACUCUCUCCAUUCCGUCCCACCUCCAGCGUCACCCAUGCCAGGUCAUACUCAAGAUCCUUCCACAGACUCCACUGUGGUGGAGACGGUCCAUGGCUCCACCACGCCUCCCAAUCCAGGACAGGGCGAAAAGGCCGCCAUCACAUCUCCUGGAGAUGGUAAAGACGAGUCUGAAGGAUGGGACGUAGUGUCCGCGAGAGAUGGCUCGAGUCCUCCCAAGAAAGCCGGAGAUGAUCAAGAACACAAAGUAGGAGCUUCAAAACCAAUUGGAACGGGUGGGAAAGUAGCCGAGGCAAUCAAGAAAUUGGCGACCAAGGCUACCACUCCCAGUGCCAAACCACCGCCCCAUAAACUCGCCCCUCGACCAUCUAUGGCAAGCAAGACAUCGAAUACCAGUAACACACCUCUCAAUCGGUCGACUGGAACAAAACCUCCUGCUUCGACGACAUCCACCACGACCACGACCACAGCGAGGCCGACGCACAGAUCCACCCCUUCAACUACGUCAAUCAAGAAAGCUCCCACGCCGCCCGCAGGUGCCACUACAACCAAGCCUCGUCCUUCUGUGGCUCCUUCCACCACCAAACCGCCGGUUCCAACGGUGGCCAGGAGACAAUCUGUGGCGAACAGUACCGCCAGUAACAGAGCACCGUUGACUGCGUCUACUGCCGGCAAACCAGCUGUUACUUCUAGGACUUCCGCUCCACAAACCACGACCUCCGCGACGAAACCAACAAUGGCGACGGCAGGCAGGACUGCCGCCGUACCAUCUGUCAGACCCACUGGGGCGGCACCCGGAACACCGGGUAAAGGACCUGCCGCUAGGACAAGAACAACUGUCCCUCCACCAGCCUCUACGGCUUCUUCUAGAGCGCACGCCGCAACGACAACUGGCAAGCCACUCGGUCACGUCAGUCUUGCUGGUAAGACCAGCCCGGCGCUUGAGGUUCGUAUCAAAGAUCUGGAAAGUCAAAUCGAGAAGCAGAAGGCCGAGUUUGAUGAAAAGAUCGGCGCCUUGGAGGCGGAGAAGGCUGAACUGCGAAGCAAGCACGACACCGCUGUGGAGGCUCUUCAGCUACAACACUCGACUUCUACCGAAAGGGCACUGGCGGAUGCCGAGAAAAAGCUUGCAGACCUGAAAGCUGCUCAUGCCUUGGAGCUGGAGCAACAGCGUGAAUCUGCAGAAGCUGCAACUACUAAGUUGGAGGACGACCUUGAUAAGGCACACCUCGGACUGCAGGCCGCUCUCGAAGAGCACAAAACCCUCGCUUCUCAAAGUGAGAGUCACGCGUCGGAGAUCGAACAGUUGCGCGCCUCUGUGACUGCUGCUGAAGAGGCUUUGCAAGAAGCACAAAAGGAGGCAAUCUCUCUCCGUGAAAUUUUCAAAGAGAGCGAAGACCGUAUCGCUCAAGCGAACCAAGAGCUUCAGGACCUUCGAUUCCAGGCGGCAGAGCAAAAACAGGAAAUCCAGGAUCUCGUCGUGAACUUGGACAAAGAACAACAUUCCGUCGUUCAGGCUCGAAAUGGACUGGCAGGAUUGCAUUCCCAGAUCAGCGAGCUGCAGGCGGCGCAAGCUCAACAAGAAGCACACUGGAAAGCAGAACGAGAGAGACUCGAGACUGAUCUUGGAGCCUCGUCGUCCGGCUUGCAGGCAGAACUGGAGGAUCUCCGUGCCCAGUUGAAGGAGGCGAAAGAGAAAGAGGGAGCUGCUGAGGCUGCUUGGGCAGCAGAGAAAGAGACGUUGACCGCCCAGAGCAACUCUCACAUCUCUAUACUCGCUGAAACAAAGGAUCAGCUCCAAGCCAUUCGUGCCACAGCAGAACAGCAAGAGUCCGAACUUCAGGAACUCCGCAAAAGCCUUGCUGAAAUGUCUACCUCGCAUUCCACCGCUCGGAAAGAGGCCGACACUCACGCAGCCAAGAUCGAGGAGUUGUCCGCUCAGAUGGCACAUGCUGCAACCGAGCACGACAAGCUCCUGAUGGAAACGGCACAACUGUCAGACGCUAAGGUGCUCGAGCUCGAACACAAGCUAGCUACGGCUAUGACUGAUGAAGCGGAGGUGCUUGAAAAGCUGCACGCUGCAGAGAAUCGAGCGUCAGCUGCGGAGGACGAUGUGAGAGCUUUGGAAGAAGCGCGCGCAGACAGUCAAUCGAAGAUUAAAGCACUGGAACAGGCUUUGACCGAGUUGGAAGAUCAAGCAAGGGCUGCGGAAGCGGCGCAUGAAAAACGGUACCAGUCUGCUUUCGAAGAGGCCAAAGCUGCAGCUCAGGAAUCACACGUCUCCGAACUCGCUGCUAUUCGAGCUGAAUUGGCCAAAACCCAUGAACAAGUUCACGCUGCGCAUUCAGCCGAAUUGGAAGCGUUAGCAGCCGACCAUGCCACCGCCAUGGCAUCUAUCAACGCGGAUCACGCGGCCGAUUUGGAAUCUUUCAAAGAACAGCAUUUGACCCUGACGACAACUCUUAGUGACACACAAGCCAAGUUGGAAAAAGCGACAGGACUAGUUUCGUCACUCACGGAAGAGGUGGAUAGAUUGGAGAGACUCACUGAGAAUUUGGAAGCAGAUGUCGCCAAGAGGAGUCCUGAUGCUGAGGAGGAUUUGAAGAAGGCUUUGAAGGAGUUGGAGAGUGUGCGAGAUGAGUUGGAAGGGACUAAGACGGUUUUAGAGAUGAACAAGAAUCAUUUCCAACAGACUUUGGAGGAGAUGCAGUCGCAGCAUGGGAAAGAUCUGUCUUCUUCGGCCGAGACUAGGGCAGAAGAGGCGGAUAGAGUGAAACGAGAGCAUGAGGAAGAGAUCGUGGAGUUGCUUAGGGAGUUGAAAGCGGUGAAAGCUGAGCUACAGGACGAACGAGUAGCUAAAAACACUGCCGUUGCCCAACUUGCCGCUAGAACACGUACACCUCCACCAAUAACCUCACCACCCAUGUCCCCAUCGUCAUUGACAAAAUUACACGAAGCGCAUAAUGCAAAAGUGGCAGAAUUAGAAGGGUUGGUACACCAUUUUUUAAAAGUCAUAAGCUGA